AUGUCGACCGUCACCCGUACAUUGCGCAAUUUAUGGAGAAUCGGCUUCAAAGAGUAUGGUCACCAGAUGCAAUAUAUGGGCGACACCAAGGCUGGUGUUCUCGUGGGAAAAGACCGAUGGGGAAACAAAUACUAUGAGAACUUGGAGGAAGACCUUCCUCUGAGAACAAGAUGGGUCGACUACAAGGACAAAGAAUUGGAUGCCAGCCAUAUUGAACCCGGCUGGCACGCCUGGAUAAGCUACCUGGUAGACAAGCCACCCGUCGAGGACAAACUGUUAGCGGUUGGUGUACGGCCGUGGGAGUCAAAAACACCCAUAAUCAACAACACAGGCGGUCGAGCUGCAUACCGACCAUACUCAACGACCAAACCGAAGUACAGUGCUUGGGAGCCAGUAGCCAAACCACGAGAUGGGUCGAGCCCGUUUGCCCCAAGAGAUAUUCGAGAAGGCGCCGAAUUCGAGGCAAAGGCAUAA